GGGGGCAAAGGUCGGCGCUGGCCGUGUUUGCAGGCCCGGCACGGAAGUGGCACCGUCCCCGCGUGUCCCCGUGUCCCGCCCGGCGCUGCCUCCCGGCUGGAGCAGCCCCAGCGUGCUGUGAUGGCACCGGACGCCUGAGCCCCUCGGGCGGGGACCAGCCAUGGAGACCGUUGUCAUUGUGGCCAUCGGGGUGCUGGCCACCAUCUUCCUGGCGUCCUUCGUGGCGCUGGUGGUGGUGUGCAGGCAGCGCUACUGUCACCCCAAGGACCUGCGCCACCACUACGACACCAAACCCAUCGUGGACCUGAUGGGGACCACAGAGACGCCAUCGGAGCCCUCGGAGCUGGAGCUGGACGAUGUGGUCAUCACCAACCCCCACAUCGAGGCCAUCCUGGAGAACGAGGACUGGGUCGAGGACGCCUCGGGUCUGGUGUCCCACUGCAUCGCCAUCCUGAAGAUCUGUCACACACUGACGGAGAAGUUGGUGGCCAUGACCAUGGGCUCGGGCACACGCGUGAAAUCCCCAGCCAGCCUGGGUGACAUCAUCGUGGUGGCCAAGCGCAUCAGCCCCAGGGUGGACGAUGUGGUGAGAUCCAUGUAUCCCCCGCUGGACCCCAAACUGCUGGACGCGAGGUGA